CCCUGCCGCCGCUGUCCCCGGCCGUGUCGGGAAUGCCUUGCCUUGUGUGUGUGCGCGCGCGCGUCGGGCCCCUGUCCAGGUGAUAAUUCGCGUUUGAACUGGAGAGGGCGAGAGAUCCGGCCAAUAACGCCCGAGCUGUGGCGGCCACGCGACGGAACUCACGAAACUGUUCCAACAUGGUGCCUCAUUUCCAAAUCCACCCAAGAGCAAAAAUAUUUGAAUGUAAUUUGUGCAGUAAGAAAUUUUCGGGAAAGGGAGCACUUCACACACAUCUCCAAAGGCACUCAGACGAGAGACCUUUUGAAUGUACAGUCUGCAACAAGAAAUUUCGUGUAGAUGGUGAUCUAAUUGCACAUCUCAAAAUCCACACUGGAGAAAAACCAUUUGAGUGUAGUCUGUGCAACAAAACAGUUUCGACAAGUGGAGCACUACACACACACCUACGAACGCACACAGGAGAGAAACCGUAUCAGUGCAGUUUGUGUAACAAGAAAUUAUCGGGACAUACAGCACUUCGCAUACACAUGCGAACCCACACUGGAGAAAAACCUUUUCAGUGUUCGUAUUGCAACAAGACAUUUUCUCAAAAGGCAUAUUUGAGUAGUCAUCAACGAUCACAUACAGGGGAAAAGCCCUUUGAGUGUACUUUGUGUGGUAGGAAAUUUUCGGACAGAGCGGUCCUACGUAUACAUUUUCGAAGUCACUCAGGAGAGAAACCCUUUGAAUGUACUUUGUGCAACAAGAAAUUCUCACAAGAUCCCCACCUGCGUCAUCAUCUUCGGACGCACACGGGAGAGAGGCCUUAUAAGUGCACUGUGUGUAAUAAGAAAUUUCAUUCAAGUUCUGAGCUGAUUCUUCAUCUCCCAAUCCACAUUGGAAUAAAACCUUUUGAAUGUACGAUGUGCAACAAGAAAUUUUUGAGAAAUACUGAGCUAAAGAUACAUCUUCGAUCCCACACAAGAGAAAAGCCUCUUAAAUGUCCUCUGUGUGAAUAUAAAUUUUCGACUCAUUCUAGUCUAGGUGCACACAUUCGAAUCCACACAGGAGAAAAACGAUUCGAAUGCAAUGUGUGCAGCAAGAAAUUUUAUGACAGUGGUGCACUGCGCACGCAUCUUCGAAUGCACACCGGCGAAAAGCCUUUCGAAUGUACUGUGUGUAACAAGACGUUUUCUCUCAAUAAUACGCUUGUCCUACAUCUACGAACCCAUACAGGAGAAAAACCCUUUGCGUGUACUUUCUGCGACAGCAAAUUUUCUCAGAGUAGUUCGCUAAGGAUUCAUGUCCGCCGUAUGCACACUAGCAGUGAACCUUUUACGUUCUGCUACAAGGAAUUUCCUCAAGAAGGUCAGCUUGCCCAGUUGGGCAGAAAACGUACAGAAGGAAAACCAUCUCACCGUGCUUCAUUCAAAGUGAAAUUUUCUCGAAGUAGUGUGCCAGGAACACAAUCGUUUUCCGAAAAAUUGGAAAAACCUUUUAAGUGCACGGUGUGCAACAAACUGUUUUCUUAUGAAGCUCGUUUGUACCGACAUCUUUAUGCCCACAUCUCUGCAACCUCUGCCGAGUGCGAUCUAAAUAAAAGUAUUCAACCCUAAGCUGGACAAACACCUUUUACGUGCACUGUGUGCAACAAGAAAUUUUCAUGUACUAACAUGUUGCAUGCCCAUCUCUUAGCUCACAUUGAAGCAAUGCCGUUUUAAUUAAUCAAAUAAUUGAUACUUUGUCUUGUUCAUCAUGGUACCUCGUGCAGUAGUCGUUUUGUUUUCUUUUACCUAAAAUAUUAGGAGGGAACAAAAUAAAGCGAUGAAGGAUUUCAAUCUUUUUUCAGUAAUAUGUUGCUUAAUUCGUACUGAAUUGCAGAGUUUUUUUUAACUUUUGUUAAAAUUACUUUUUCACUAUGAAAAAAGAUUAUUUGUAAUGAUACGUUUACUUAAU